GUGUGCACUGAAAGCCUGGCACUGACGCUUCCCAGGCAGGCGAGUCCCAACACAGGCAGACAGGUGGGGCUGACCUGACAGGUUCCGGAAGCCGGGGGCAAUGGGGCGGAGCAUAGGUCUGACUUUAGGGUGGCAACAGGUUGGGGGCCCUGCCUCACACUGGGAGGGCCAGCAAGAGGCGUGUUGCUGGUAUCUUCUUCCUGCUACAGCCAACUGGGGUGCAGGCAAUGGAGCCUGCCGGCAGGUGAGACAACCAGGAAGCCAGGCAUGUUCAGAAGCCUCGGGCCUGGGGGCACCCAGGGAAUGGCAGGACCCCUGCGGAGCCGGGUGGAGGAACUGAAGCGGCCCUGGUGGCGGGAGAGCUCACCACUGGUGCUGCAGCACAGUGAGGCAGCUAGGCUGGCAGCUGAUGCCCUCCUGGAGCGGGGUGAGGCUGCUUACCUGCAGGUCAUCUCUGAGGAGCGGGAGCUGCCCUUCCUGAGCGCCCUGGACAUAGACUACAUGACCAGCCAUGCACGCACAGGUCCUGAGCUCAGCGAGCCCCAGGGCCCAGAGGCUUCAGGGCCUGACCGCCUCAGCCUGCUCUCUGAAGUCACCUCAGGCACCUACUUUCCCAUGGCCUCUGAUGUAGACCCUCCAGACCUGGACCUGGGCUGGCCUGAGGUUCCACAGGCCACGGGCUUUAGCCCUACCCAGGCUGUGGUCCACUUCCAGAGGGACAAGACCAAGAACAUCAAGGACUUGCUGCGUUUUCUCUUCAGUCAGGCCCGAAAGGUGGUAGCUGUGGUGAUGGAUGUAUUUACCGACAUGGAGCUUCUAUGUGACCUCAUGGAGACCUCAAGCAGGCGUGGUGUCCCUGUAUACCUCCUCCUGGCUCAGGAGCACCUGAGGCACUUCCUGGAGAUGUGCUACAAGAUGGACCUCAAUGGGGGUCACCUGCCGAACAUGCGUGUGCGGAGCACAUGUGGGGACACGUACUGCAGCAAGGCAGGUCGCCGCUUCACUGGGCAGGCCCUGGAGAAGUUCAUCAUCAUCGACUGUGAGCAGGUGAUCACAGGCAGCUACAGCUUCACUUGGCUUUGCAGCCAGGCCCACACUAGCAUGGUGCUGCAGCUGAGGGGCCGCAUUGUGGAAGACUUUGACCGGGAGUUCCGCUGUCUGUAUGCUGAGUCACGGCCUGUGGAAGGCUUUUGUGGCAAUGAAGAUUCACUGUCUCCCCAAGUACCGCCUCCUCCCCCAGUUGCCCUUGCCUUUGGGCCUGGCAUCCCAAGCCCUACAUCCUCGCCCUCUAGCACCAGUCUCAGCAGUGUCAAGCGCUCACCUCUCAGGGGCCACCCUUCCUACCUUGCUCUACCAGGAGGUGGUGGCUGUAGUGACACAGCUAUGGAGUCCUCACCCCCAGGCCCUUCUCACCGUGAAGGUGGUGACCAGCCUUUCCUACAUCGACAGCUGUCAGACCCUAACCAUAGCUCCCCUCACGUGCCGUAUAGGGCUAACCUGGGCAAGCUGGGGGCAUUCCCAUGGUCCCAAUCCUCCCCUGCCCUCAACCACAGUAGCCCCAGUCCUUUGACCCAGGCAGUGAGGUCACCUCUGCUCCCUCGACCUCGUCCUGUCCUCCACUUUCCCCGGGGAUUCCCAGUUCUGUCCCGGCUCCCAGAGAAUGGGCUUCCAGGAAGCCAGGAGCCUAGUGCCCCAAGAGGUCAGCGGAUACUUGGCGCAGCCUUGGAGAUGACAGAGGAGCAGAAGGCGUCUCUGAGCCAGAGCCAUGGCCAGCUGGACCUUCUAGUCCCAUUCCCUAGAGCCCGAGAGGGAAGUUUUGACCCCGAGGUUACUCCCAACUCAGGCUCCCAUCGGUCAGAUGAGCAGGCUCCAGAGGAAAGGCGGCUGUCCCUGAGCCACAGCUACAGUCAGCUGGAUCUCCUGCCCCAGCCCCAGGGUACCAGAGGUGCCCCUGAGUCAGGUGGCCUCAGACAUGGUGAUGUUACCCUAGAGGACAGGAAGCUGUCUCCAAAUCACAGCCAUGGCCAACUGGACCUCCUGAUACAUGACUCCAAGCCCAAGGGCUCCAGAGGGCCUGCUGAAGCCAACUCCUCAGCUAGAGCUGGCAAGCAGGGUCUAGAUGAGCAAAGAGAGACCCUGGGCCACAGACCGAUGGACUUCAUCACCAAGUUUGGUCCAUUCCAGAGUGAAGGGCCUGGGUCCAAUGGUCUCCCAGGACCAAGCCCUCCUCGAAUUCCUGGAGUAAGCCCUGGAGAUGAAAAACGGCUGACUCUGGGUCACAGCAAACUGGACCUCAUCACCAAGUACCAUCAGCUUCAGGGAGCCAGGCAGGAAUCUGGGCCUGUCCUCUCUGGGGGCCUCACGGGUGGCCAUCAGAACAGCAGUGGCAAUGACCUGUCUGAGAAUGAGAAACGGCUGACUUUGGGCCACAGCAAACUGGACCUUAUCACCAAGUACCAUCAGCUUCAGGGUGCCAGGCAGGAACCUAAGCCUGUCCUCUCUGGGGGCCUCACAGGUGGCCAUCAGAAUGGCAGUGGCAAUGACCUGUCUGAGAAUGAGAAACGGCUGACUUUGGGCCACAGCAAACUGGACCUCAUCACUAAGCACAACAAGUCCAAGUUCAAGCUGCUCCGAAGUCGCUUUGAAUCCUAGUCCUGCUUUCUCCAUUCCAAGAUUCAACUUGCUCAGGUUGCGGACUCCGGAGUGGGAGUAUAAAAAUGGGGAUUCACAGUGAGGGGAGGCAUCUAAAAGUCCAGGUUAGACACUUUCUGGACUCAAGAUUCUCAAAAUACACAGAUACACAUUCACACGCAUGCACACACACAGAGUAAAGGGAAAUCAGAAUUACUGAGUACCUAUUGUAUGUCUCUGUGCCACACUUCAGACUAAUUACUCUUCUCUUCCAUCAUACACACAACAUCCUAAAAGACGGAUUUCCUUUGGUACAUAGUUACAGGGUGACAGAUAAUAUCUUCUCUUUUUACAAAUGUGUAAGCUGAGGCCCAGGUAGUUUGGAUGGCCUAAUUGGAUGUGGGUCAAAAUAAAUGAUGAAGUAAAAACGUCUGCCAGACCUGUGUCCACUGGUUUGGUUUUAAAGACUGUGAUUUUCAUACACGUGGCACAUAGUAUCUAUAGUUCAUAUGUCUCAUUCACACAAAAUACAAACAGGACAGAAGUCCCCAAAUGCCCACACACAGUAUACUGACGGAGUAUGGUGAACACUCGUAUAUUGUACACCCAGCAGCAUACAGUAAGUACACAUAGGUCACUGUGAUAAGUCUAAACACUUGAUAAUUUAGUUGAGUUUACUGAAUAAAUGUCAUUCAGAAAAAUGAUUACACAAAAUACACGCCGGUAGUGUACACUACAGAUCCCCUCACUAUACACAAACUGCAAACAUUAACAUGACUCAAAACAUAAACACACACACACACCCUAACUACUAUCUGCUUAUACUUAAACUGUGCCACCAGUCUUUUACCGUACAUGCCCUGGGUUGACAGAUAAAUCAAACCCAGACUCUGGAGAAUGAGGAUUAAAUGUGUAUGCCACAGGGAGGAAGAUACGGCUGUGUCAAAUGAAAAGCUAAUCAGAGGAUAAGUCAUGGAGACGCUGGAGAAGAUUCCUUAGAAAAGUCAGGCCUUAAAUGGCAGCGAGGUUUCAGAAACACGGAGGAGAAAAAUUCUUAAUAGAGCAAGUCACAUGAAGGAGGACCAAGAAAGGAAUGACAGGUCUGAGAACAAAUAGAGCCUGUAGAUAUUCAGAUACAUGCAUACAUACAUCGUGUUGCCCAGGGCCUCUUACAGCAGGCUGGAAUAAAUUGUGUACCACCUGUUUGGAAGGCAGCAUGUGAUACAAAUGAAUAAAGACAGACAUGGCUAGAACCAGAUAUGACAGUUUGUUGUGUCUUAAAAAAUACCAGGUUAUGGUCCUGAGCUCAAUUCCCCGUACAAAAAUAAAUGAAGUUAGGGGCUGGGGAUUUAGCUCAGUGGCAUAAGCGUCUGCCUUGCAAGCAGGCAGUUGUGAGUUAGAUCCCUGGUACCGGUAAAAAGGAAAAAGACAAAAUAAAUAAAUAAAUAAAUGAAGUUAUAAACAGAAAGCAAAACAAAAAACAACAGAGAACAUUCCAGAGAACCUUCAGAGAUCAGUAAGUUGGGUAGUGGGCCUGUACUGCACGUGACACACGCACACAUCAAUACCAUCAUCCAUCAUCAUUUUGCUAAGGGGAGCUUCAAACAGCCAGUAACAAAUUGUGGGUCUUUUUCCUGUGCUCCUCAUAGUCAUGGGCAGAUCAAGCAGCAGCCUGGCAUGUCCUAAGAAACACUUUAUGGAAACGCGAGUUAGGGAUGGGAAAAGGACAUCAUUCAGGCUGAUUUUGGGGGCAGAGGGUCCACUGCAGGAGAGUGGAUGCUCCAAAGAGGGUUUUAGGCAGGGGGCGCCAAAGCCCUCACUGUGCCAUUCUGAGAUUCUGGGACUUUUCUAGAUUCUACCUACCAAAUGCAGGCUAAGUUCAUCCUGUCCAGGAGAGCAAGGUCUCUGGCCAACACCACCCUCUCCAGGAAGAAGGUGGCUGCUGAGUGAGUGAUAGAACAUGCGUGAAAGGCAUACGGGGAAGCAUGCCGGCCCCCCACAUCCUCGCCCAACCUGGACCCCUGCCUCUUCAAUCUGAACCUAAUCCAUUCAUCCUCAGUCUUCAGCCUG